AUGUAUUUCAGUCUAUUCUUCUCUAUCUAUCUAUCUAUCUAUCUAUCUAUCUAUCUAUCUAUCUUAGACUUCUAUUCUUCUCUAUCUAUCUAUCUAUCUAUCUAUCUAUCUAUCUAUCUAUCUAUCUUUAUCUCAAUCUGUUUCUUAUCUAUGUAUUUCAUCUAUUUUCUCUAUCUCAAUCUGUUCUUCUAUCUAUCUAUUUCUAGUCUAUUAUUUCUUCUUCUAUCUAUCUAUCUAUCUAUCUAUCUAUCUAUCUAUCUUAGACUUCUAUUCUUCUCUAUCUAUCUAUCUAUCUAUCUAUCUAUCUAUCUAUCUAUCUUAGACUUCUAUUCUUCUCUAUCUAUCUAUCUAUCUAUCUAUCUAUCUAUCUAUCUAUCUAUCUAUCUAUCUAUCUAUCUUAGACUUCUAUUCUUCUCUAUCUAUCUAUCUAUCUAUCUAUCUAUCUAUCUAUCUAUCUAUCUUCUUUCUCUAGACUUCUAUUCUUCUCUAUCUAUCUAUCUAUCUAUCUAUCUAUCUAUCUAUCUUAGACUUCUAUUCUUCUCUAUCUAUCUAUCUAUCUAUCUAUCUAUCUAUCUUAGACUGUUAAUAUUUAUCUCAAUCUGUUUCUUAUCUAUGUAUUUCAGUCUAUUCUUCUCUAUCUAUCUAUCUAUCUAUCUAUCUAUCUAUCUAUCUAUCUAUCUAUCUUGGACUUCUAUUCUUCUCUAUCUAUCUAUCUAUCUUCUAUCUAUCUAUCUAUCUAUCUAUCUAUCUAUCUUAGACUUCUAUUCUCUAUCUAUCUAUCUAUCUAUCUAUCUAUCUAUCUAUCUUCUUAGACUGUUAAUAUUUAUCUCAAUCUGUUUCUUAUCUAUGUAUUUCAGUCUAUUCUUCUCUCUCUAUCUAUCUAUCUAUCUAUCUAUCUAUCUAUCUUAG